AUGGCCACGCUCAACACCUCCAGCAACGGCCCCAACAUCACCCGCAGCUACCAGAAUGUCGUCAAUGCCCCGGCGCCCUCUGGUCCCCAGGCCAGCUCGCCCACAUACGGCCAAUGGGCCGUCUUCACAGUCGCUGCCCCGCUUGUCAGCGCAUUCCAGCAGGACGGCGGAAAAGAGAGCGUGCUGAAAGUGCAGAGCACCGGAGAGGGCGAGCUGCUCGACCUGAUAGACGAGUUCUCAGACGGCCGCAUCCAGUUUGCAUUCGUCAAAGUCAAGGACCCCAACACAUCGCUGCCCAAGAACGUCCUGAUAGCCUGGUGCGGCGCAGGUGUUCCAGAGCGGACCAAGGGCUACUUUGGCAGCCAUCUCACGGUUGUCUCCAAGCUGCUACAUGGAUACCAUGUCCAAGUUACCGCCCGUUCCGAGGACGACCUCAGCCCAGAGAAGAUUGUCCAGAAAGUUGCAGAUGCAUCAGGCGCCAAGUACGGCGGUGGUGCCGAUGUCCCUGCCCCGCGCGGCCCUCCUCCCGUUGCCGCGAAGAAGCCCGUCUUUACACCUACCUCGAUAGGCGGCGGAGGCGCUGGCUUCAACCCUCUCGGCCGCUCGCGUGCACCUGCGCCAAAGGGCGAUGAAGAUGCGGAUGGCUGGGGUGCCGAUGCUCCGCAGGUCUCCAGAUCCCAGCUGGAGAAGGUCGGAACUGCUUACACUCCCACCAAGGUCAACAUGGCCGAACUCACCGCGAGAAAAGACGAAUCCACCGGUUCCCAGCCCUCGGGCUCGCAGAACGACCGCCCUGAAGUCGUCAGGGGCGCAUACCAGCCAGUUGGCAAAGUCGACAUUGCAGCCAUCCGAGCCCAGGCACGCGAUGCCAAAGACGACCGGCCUACUGUUGUCAAAGGCGCGUACGAGCCCGUCGGAAAGGUCGAUAUCGCGGCUAUCCGCGCAAAGGCCCAAGCCGGUCCACCAUCCUCUGGCAUGUCCCCAGCCCCAACGGGAGCGUCGAACAACGAAGAAGAGGAAGAGAAGCCGAAGUCUCUCGCAGAGAGAUCAGCAGCUUUCAGCGCGCAGCCCGAGCGCCUUACCAGCUUGCCGAAGCCCAAGGUUGCCAACAAGUUUGCUGGUGCGAGCACAUUCACCGGCACCAAGGCUCCUACUCCAGGAGGAUUUGGUGCAAAGCCCGCUCCUCCGGCACCAAUCGUCGGCGCCGCGAGCAAGACGUUUGCUGACCAAGGAGGAAAGACACCUGCUCAGAUCUGGGCGGAGAAGAAGGCGGCCCGUGGAGAAGCCGUUCCUUCUUCUACUGCCGAUGCUGGAAGCCGCCCAACUCCCCUCCAAAGCCAACAGAGUGGAGGUGGUGGCUGGCAAAGUGGCUACUCCGGCAAAUCAUGGGCUCCAGUGCAGACUACCCGAACAGGUCAGUCUGCGACUAGCAACCUCAGCGAACAACGCACGGGUGGGGCACCUCAACAAGAAGAGCCAGCCUCUCCUGCAGCUGGUGGCGUAAGCUCGCUCAAGGACCGCUUCACAGGUGCCGCCCCUAUGGGAGCGCCAACUUCACGCCCUGUACCAGAGCCGCAAGCUUCCAGCCCACCGCCUCUCGAUACCUCGAGCAAGCCCAAUGCUGGCCCGAGGGGCGUUCCGAUGCCAGGCCUGCCUACCCGACCCAAAGAGCCAGAAUCAGACGAAGAGGAUGUGCCUGCCACUCAACACCAGCGUAUGCCAUCUCCACCACCUCAACCGCCUCGCAGCCCGUCUCCCGAGCCUUCCGGCUCUCCUGUUCGUAUUGCCAUGCCCGUUGCUCGUGGGCGCGAACCAGAGGAGAUGUCUCCUGCCGAGGAACACGCACCGCCUAUGCCCGCGCGAUCACUUGAUCAAGCAGCCAGGCAAAAUCGUGACAUGUCUCCAGAGCCACAAGUCGAGGCUAAGGACCCUGCUCGUGGAGCUGGCGCUGCCGUUGCUGCUGCCACUUUUGGUGCUGCCGCAGUAGGCGGUGCUGCCGUCGGCGCAGCGGUCGCUUCUCAUGACGAUGACGAUGCCGGUGGCUCCGGCAAGCGCGCAGUCAUCCAAUAUGAUUACGAGAAGGCGGAGGACAACGAAGUCGAGCUCCGUGAAGGCGAGUAUGUCACAGACAUUGACAUGGUAGACGACGACUGGUGGAUGGGCACAAACUCUCAGGGCGAGCGUGGUCUCUUCCCGGCCAACUAUGUUGAGCUGGUCGAGGGCGACGAUGCCACCGCUGCACCAGCACUGCCCGCACACCCCUCGGCGCCGCAAGAGCCCGAACCUGCUGCGGCACCGUCACAGUCUGCUGGUCCUACAGCCACCGCUCUGUACGAUUACGAAGCAGCUGAGGACAACGAACUGAGCUUCCCCGAAGGAGCCACAGUAACUGAACUUCAAUUCCCCGACGAAGACUGGUGGCUCGGUAGCUACAAUGGCCAAUCGGGUCUCUUCCCCGCCAACUAUGUUGAGUUGAACGAGUAG